UGUGCGCGUUUAUUAAAUUAAACUUUCGGAUAAAUCGUGACAACUCGUGAAACCUUCAAAUACAGCCAGGGGAGUGUCUAUUCAAAGAACACUGAAGGCUUAUUGAAUCAUUAUGGAUGUUUUCGGGCACCACUAAGUCGCUUUGUCGCACCACCUCCAUCAGACGCUUUCCCUGCACUGCAGCAGCAGCUCCAGGUGCUCCUCGCCCCCUUUUUUUCCCUGCUCGGUCGUGGGCGAGUAGAAGCAGGAGGGGAGGUCGCCCCUUAAGAACAGCCUCGUAUUUUGCAACGCACCCCCAAAAACCCCCCGCGUUACGUUUCCAUAGUCACGUCACAUCGGCUCCACCAUGUUGUAGGAAGUCCGCCGCUCCUCCUCGCUCCCUGUCAGAUUACCGUUUAAUCUGAGGGGGAGGACACGCCGCCAAGACGCAGUCUGCAUCUUGGAAGGACUCUCGGUGUUUAUCCACAGCCAGCGGCGUUCACCGCGACUUGACGUGAGGCCAUUGCUUUUUCUGCCAUAAACGUCCUAGAAGAUGAGACGCCAGUUUCCCAUCCCGGUUUUUUCCCGUCUGCCGAUUUGCCGACACGUUAAAAUGUUAGCCGGCUAACUAGCUGAAAAAAAGAGUAACUAAAUCGGAUUAAGUUGGUUAACAACGGCCGCCUCCCGGGCAGGUAUUACUUGACAAACUAUUACGAGGCACGCGUUCGCCUUUUGUCUCUCCCGUGUGUCGCGUUACGUCGACAUUACUACUUUGUACCGUUAUUACUCGCUAGCGUCGAUGUCGUCGCAAGUGUUAGCUUAGCGCGAGGUAAUUAGCCCACCGACUCGCGAACGGAGAGCGCGAGCCCGCUUCGCCGCGAGCUAAUCUUCCCCCGUUAGGUCGGAAACGACCGCGAGCCGAGUGACGCCGCCGCGGCAGCAGCAGCAGCAGCAGCAGCGCGCGGCCGGCGCGGCCGACGUGCUACCCGGCGUGUGCGGCCGUCCAGCUGGCGAGAGAGACGCCCAACAAAAAUCUCAUCCCCGAGAUUAGUCCUCCGACGAAGCGAAGAUGUCCGGGAAGGAUAAGGACAAAGACAAAGCGGAGAAACAGUCCACGACGGAGCGGCUGGUCAAAGCUGUGCCGUACCCUCCGCAACACAAGCUGACGGUGAAGGAGCUGUUUGAGAGUGGCAAGCCCAACGCCGAGCUGCUCCGCAACCACCUCGUCAAAGAGGGCCGGGUGGAGGAGGACGUGGCUCUCAAGAUCAUCAACGACGGGGCCAACAUCCUCCGCCAGGAGAAGUGCAUGCUGGAAGUGGAUGCGCCGAUAACAGUAUGUGGCGAUGUCCAUGGACAAUUCUUCGACCUUAUGAAGUUGUUUGAAGUGGGGGGAUCCCCCAGUAACACGCGGUACCUCUUCCUCGGUGACUACGUGGACCGAGGAUACUUCAGCAUUGAGUGUGUUCUCUACCUCUGGUCGCUCAAGAUCAACCAUCCCAGCACGCUCUUCCUCCUGCGCGGGAACCAUGAGUGCCGACACCUCACGGAGUACUUCACCUUCAAACAGGAAUGUAAAAUCAAAUACUCUGAGCGGGUGUACGACGCCUGCAUGGAGGCCUUCGACUGUCUGCCCCUCGCCGCUCUGCUCAACCAACAGUUCCUGUGUGUGCACGGCGGACUCUCACCAGAAAUCAACUGCCUAGACGACAUAAGGAAAUUAGACAGGUUUAAAGAGCCUCCGGCGUUCGGGCCCAUGUGUGACCUGAUCUGGGCGGACCCCGGCGAGGACUACGGCAGCGAAAAGACCACCGAACAUUUCAACCAUAACUCCGUCAGAGGCUGCUCUUACUUUUUCAGUUACUCCGCCGUCUGUGACUUUUUGGUAAAUAAUAACUUACUGUCGGUAAUAAGAGCGCACGAAGCUCAGGAUGCCGGGUAUCGGAUGUACAGGAAAAGCCAGACCACCGGCUUCCCUUCACUAAUCACCAUCUUCUCAGCUCCUAAUUACCUGGACGUCUACAACAACAAAGCCGCCGUACUUAAGUACGAGAACAACGUGAUGAACAUCCGGCAGUUCAACUGCUCCCCGCACCCUUACUGGCUGCCCAACUUCAUGGACGUCUUCACGUGGUCUUUGCCUUUUGUUGGAGAGAAAGUGACGGAGAUGCUGGUGAAUGUACUGAACAUCUGCUCUGACGAUGAGCUCAUGUCUGAGGGAGAUGACCUCUAUGAAGGUGGAACCUCGGCGAUGCGCAAGGAGGUGAUCCGCAACAAGAUCCGCGCCGUGGGGAAGAUGGCCCGGGUCUUCGCCGUGCUCAGGGAGGAAAGUGAGAAUGUGCUCACGCUCAAAGGCCUCACCCCAACUGGAACUCUCCCCGUGGGAGUGCUGUCGGGGGGGAAGCAGACCCUGCAGACGGCCAUCCAAGGCUUCUCUCCCACGAGGAAGAUUCGCAACUUCGAGGAGGCGCGCGGCCUGGACCGGAUUAACGAGCGGAUGCCGCCGCGCAAAGACGGCCAGCAGCCGGACGGCACCGCGAUCGCCCCCACCGCGCCCAACAAGAACGGCACCGACGGAUAGGCGGCCCCCUCCCCCGCGUCUUUAAGCGACUCCACGUCCACCCUGCCCCCGCCCGCCCCCCCACCCAUUGCUCCCGCUCUUUCCUUGUCUCCGCCUCCCUCUGCGUCCUCCGCCGUCCGCCGCUAGAGAGGACGGAACGUCGUUCGAUCACAAAAGGGAAAGGAGGCGAUUGUGCUGGGAAACAACUUCCAGCUGCUGACAAAAAGAAAUAUAUAUAUUGUGUUUUAUCUGGUGAGGGGGGGGGGGGUCUUAUUAAAUAUAUUAGAUAUGUUGUUUAAUAGCAACAAAUCACUCACUGAAGACAUUUUGUCCUAACUUAUACAGUACGUGACCCCCCCUCUCCUCCGGCCCCCAAACAGAUCAUUUUAUGAACUUGAGUUGAUGCAGAUAGAUGCCGUUUUAGUCACUUAAAUUAUUAUUAUUUUAUUCUGUGUGUUGAGUGAGGGAGAGAUUCCAAAUACUGUCGAUCCCCGUUUGGCUGUGGAGGCGUUUUCUGGCCGCACAGCGUUCGCUUCCAAGCGCGUCACUCAAAAGAGAAAUGCCGCAUGUGUUGACAGGUGAAGAGGGGAAGAAAAUGAUAUCAGGACAAUUAUUACAAAUCCAGAUUUUAUACUUGAAAAAAGGAAUUUAAUUAAGACUUGUCCUAUUUAUACAUUUUCCACCAAACUUUGAUGAAUCCCCAAAGAUGCUGAAUGGACUUUUCUUGGUUCAGUAUUUUGUCCGCUUCCAGAGUAUUUUCUUUCUCUACACUGACUUAUGAGUGACAGAGACGAGUGAGGGCUUACUGCUUUGCGUGUGAUGGUAGUUGCUGGUGGUUUGCGCGCUGGUUACGACUUCUAUUCACUUUGAUGCCAACUGUGAUGUUCUCGCUCCGCUAAACCAAAAAACAAA